ACUUUUGAUUUCGACCAAUUAAGUCCUUAACUUUUCAAUUUUAACACAAUUUCGUCCUCCGUUAGUGUUAGCGUUUAAUAGCCGUGAAAUCCAAGGACAGAGGUGUAAUUUUACAUGGUUCUUGCAUUCUCCCUUCACCUGUUUGCUAAGUAAAUCCGGACUGCCCCCAUUUCCCUAGAUCAAUGACCAUCACUCCAGUGCUGAAGUAACACGGGGAUUCCGUCCGCCGAACGUGCCGGAAAAUAUCUUCUUUGACCAGAAAUUUAGAGGGUUUGGCUGGUUUUGGGAAGGCUUCGAGGUCGCUCGUCAAUGAUCGGAGGUCUUCUACGCAGUCUGAGAAUCUGAUCGCCCCAUCGUCAAUGGAGGCGUUGCCGCUGUCCCAGCCGAUGCAUGGAGGUUCUGAAGGUUUGUCUGGUGUUGGGGAUGUGCAGAGACCACCCGUCGCUAUUACGAUUGUUGAUCGGCGACAUUCGGAAUUUCCGGGAGUUAAUGCCCAAUCGGUCACCGCCUGGCGAGCAGAUGAGGUGAGCAAAGGGGGGACUGGUGGCGGUGGUCUCGGAGUGGCUAUAAAGGAGGUUGUGACUCUGCCAGCAUUGCGAAAUAGGGGAGCUUUGCGGAAGGAGAAGCGAUUGAGGGAAGCGCUGGAAGCAAAUGGAAUGUAGGAAUCGACGUUAGAGGAUCUUAUAGCUUCGGUGGGAGGGAAUGAUUGCAGCGAUGGGGAGUGUAGCAAGUGAAGGGAGAAUGCAAAAAUUAUGUGAAAUUACAACUCUGUCCUUGAGUUUCACGGCAAUUAAACGGUGACAU